AGUGUCUUCUUCUCAUUCUAAUAGGCUAUAAGUAGCUUUUUACGAACGCUAUGGUAUUUACAGUGUAGCGUUGCUUUCACGCGCGCUCUCUCUCUCUCUAUAUAUAUAUUCAUCCUACGCAUUGAGAAUUUCGAAGUCAUCUCUCUCUCUCUCUCUGUGAGAAUCUCUGAAUAUUCUGCAAACUGUUUUCAGAUUUUCCCUCCACCACUUCAAUACAAAGCUAAAAAGAGUUAGGGUUUAAGCGAUAUCUUCAAAUGUCUACAUUCGGCGCUGCCGCGAACAACGUGAAUCCCAACCGCUCCGCUGAGUUGGUACAACCUCCAAGUGAUUCAGGAAAUUUCUUGAUCGCUUCUUCGUGGGAUAAUCAGGUACGAUGCUGGGAGGUAUCGAAAUCGGGAACUACUAUCAACAGUGUUGCUAAGGCAGCAAUCUCACAUGAGCAACCGGUUCUGUGCUCAGCAUGGAAGGAUGACGGGACAACUGUCUUCUCUGGAGGAUGCGAUAAGCAAGUUAAGAUGUGGCCGCUAUUAUCCGGUGGCCAGCCAGUUACGGUGGCCAUGCACGAUGCUCCGGUUAAAGAUCUGGCAUGGAUCCCAGAAAUGAAUCUUUUAGUCACAGGAAGUUGGGACAAGACACUAAGGUAUUGGGAUCUGAGACAGCAAAAUCCAACUUGGGUGCAACAACUUCCCGACCGCUGCUAUGCACUUUCUGUUAAACAUCCUCUUAUGGUUGUUGGUACCGCUGAUAGGAAUAUUGUGAUUUUCAACUUGCAGAACCCUCAGGCUGAGUUCAAGAGGGUUAUGUCACCCCUGAAAUACCAGACAAGAUGUGUGGCUGCUUUCCCUGAUCAGCAGGGAUUCUUAGUUGGAUCAAUUGAAGGAAGAGUUGGUGUACAUCAUCUUGAUGAAUCACUAGCAAGUAAAAACUUUACUUUCAAAUGCCACAGGGAUGGCAAUGACAUUUACUCCGUCAACUCACUGAAUUUUCACCCUGUACAUGGAACAUUUGCCACUGCUGGAUCUGACGGUGCAUUCAAUUUUUGGGACAAGGACAGUAAACAGCGGCUUAAGGCUAUGUCGAGAUGCAAUCAGCCCAUAACUAGCAGUGGUUUCAACAAUGACGGUUCGAUCUUUGCAUACUCGGUAUGUUACGAUUGGAGCAAGGGUGCUGAACAUCAUAAUCCAUCGACAGCAAAGACCAACAUAUACCUACAUGCGCCACAGGAUAUUGAGGUCAAAGGAAAACCUCGUGCUGGAACGGGCAGUAGAAAGUGAAAGUCUGAGUUACUUUUCUAUUACAAGACAAUGUACAUGAAUUUCUGUACUCGUAUUUUCGCAUUAGGCUGAGUAGAUAUAGAAAUCUGAAAGUAUGUUUUUUUCUUCUUCGUGUUCUCAUAGUCGAAACACCAAUUGCACUGUGUAAAUGAACUUCGUUUGAUCGACUUUCGUACAAGUGUCCUUAAGAUGUGUGCACUUGUUUUUACCUAGUUUUAUCGGUACAUUUGGUUUCUAUUUU